AUGAAGGUUGUGGUCUGUCUAGCGCUCAUGGCGGUUCUAACGUUGCAACUGGUGCACGGGAAAAUGUCAGACGGCAAGAAAUGCAAGUUUAAUUUCCGAACAGAGCGACAAAAUCAGUUCCAAAACGAAAACACUCUUCCGACUGAGCUGAGUUACACCAUGGAGGUUGAAGGUCAGGGAAAGUUUGACCUUGACCUUGUCCUUGACCCAAGAAUGGACCUGCCAUCCGCCACGGAGGAUAAUGGUAGAAAGAAGUCGAAGAAACAAAAACGCAAUGUGAAAAUCGGAGUCUACACGGACAAGAACGGGCGAGGUUCAUUUGCCUGUGAAAUGAAACGGAGGAACGGUGAUAUAUCCUGUGAUAUGAGCGCCCUGGCGACAUUCCAGGACGAGGAUUGUUACAUAGCCGGUGGGGCGGCCACCGACGCACUCUGUUUCCCCCGGGUGAACGGAACGUUUAAGUAUUACGAAGUUCCCGGAGAGGAUGGAGUACGCCGGGAAGGCGGUAGUGGCACCGUGUACAAUCCCCGGUUUGCCCCAAGCCGGAAGAGGCGGUCGAUACUUCCGGAGGCCGGCUACAAGGUGGUGAAGAUCGCAUUUAUUGUUGACGCCCCAUUCAUGGAACAGUUUUACGACCGUAACCCUGGUGACAACGACGCAGCUCAGAACGAGGCAGAGAAGUACGUCACGCUACUCGCUAACGAGAUAAACGUAUACUACAGCUCCGUGAAGGAAGCAUCCGGAGGAAGUUUGGAUCUGUACGUGUACCCUGCUGACAUCGUUUACCCUCCGGCUGGCACGAACUUUGCCUGGUCGGCUGACUACGUGUCCGGCAACGUUAUUGACGCUGGGGAUGCUUUUGAUGCUGCGCUGUACAGCUACGUCGGCAGUAGCUUCACCAGCCAGGAGUUUCACCACGCCAUGGCCAUCACUGGGUAUGAUUUAGCCGGGAGUUUGCUAGGUUACGCGUACGUAUCCACGGUUUGCAGCAGCACUUUCCGCCGUUACUCCAUCAACGAGUUCACGUCAUACAACGUCGCCCCCGUCGCCGCUCACGAGCUAGGACACGCGCUUGGUUCACAACAUGACGGGACUGGUAACGACUGUCCUUCCUCCGUGAAUGUUAUGUCGCCGAGCCUCGGCACGCCCUCCUCCUCCACCGUGGACAAUUUCUACAAGUUCUCUACAUGUAGUGCCGACUACUUCGUCGACCACCUUAGCCAAUAUCCAAGCUGUUCAGUGAACACCGGUGGAUUGACGGACGAGCAGUUUCAGGCGGCGUUCUGCAGCGGCCUUCUAGGACAGCGGGAUUCUAGCCUUGACCUCCAGUGUAAGCGGCGCACCGGAAACCCCGACAGCACAGCUUGCAGCCAGUCUGUAAUCGGAGACGCGGGUUGCUAUAGAAGCGGAGAGGUGUCGUGCCGGACAAGCCCGGGAGGCUCGUGCUCUACCUCUCUGACAACCUUUGUCUGGAACGGGACUCCCUGUGGUUCCGGAACGCAGAUGUGCUACAAAGGCCGAUGCGUCUCAGAGUUCAACAUAUGUCCAAGCGAAGAAACCACAACAGAAACACCCGAGCCAACCACAACCGCUGCAAAACCAACGACUACUACUGAAGAACCUACGACCACCACUAAAAAACCUACGACCACCACUGAAGAGCCUACGACUACCACUGAAAAACCGACGACCACCACAGAAAAACCUACGACAACAACUGAAGAACCUACGACUACCACUGAAGAACCUACGGCCACCACUGAAGAACCUACUACCACUACUCAGAAGCCUACGACCACAACUGAAGAACCUACGACCACCACAGAAGAACCUACGACCACUUCUGAGGAACCUACGACCACAACUGAAGAACCUACGACCACCACAGAAGAACCUACUACCACUACUGAGGAACCCACGACCACUACUGAAGAACCUACGACUACCACUGAAAAUCCCACAACAACUACCGAAACCACAACCACGACAACAACAACGACAACGCCUGCACCGACGACCAAAGCCCCAGCGCCCUGCUCCUGCUGCGGUUACAAGAAAGGGAAAAAGAAGAAUUGCUGCCGAUGGGGCAAACGUAAGCGCAGCAAAAAAUGCUCCUGCUGCUCGGACCACGGACACUUUCCUCAUCACUAA